AUUUAAAAGCUCAUAGGAAUGUAUUCAUCACUGAGGAACUUGUAAAUAUAUACCUAUAUAUUUUGACCUUUACAAUGUGUAAAAUGGGAGGAAAAUGCAAACAAGAGAAAGACACGGCGAAGAACAAAACAGUUGUAAUGCAAUAAUCUGCUGCUGAGUACCAAUAACAUGCCGUACAAAAAAAAAAAAAAAAAAAAAAAAAAUUGGCGAUACGGACAAAUGGAACACUUUUAACAUUAGCCUUCCUUUUCGAACAUUGCUCCUCCCAGGAUAUUCCCUCACCGCGCAGCCAUAAAAUAAAGAGGAUCAUGCGAGUAUAGCGGAACUUUUCAGCUUUGUAUUGUCGAAUUUACGCGCUGCAUUAAACUAGCCACUAAUCAUUUAUUCACUUAAUUUGUCUAGUAUGGGAAUUUUGAAGACAAUCCUUGCCGCAUACUCCGGUGUCCUACGUACAUGGUCAAACUCUGCCAUGCAGGACCGAUCCACGGCACUCCGGGGGCCCAAAAUCCAGCUGGAGAAACACUUACGGGUUAUCUCUGUGCUGCAGUGGAUACUGUCCUUCCUCAUUAUGGGAGCUGCCUGCACUGCAGCCCUCAUCUACUUGUUUUGUACAGAUUUCUGGUUGAUCCCUGCCUUAUACACACUUUGGUUCAUCUAUGACUGGAACACUCCUAAGCAAGCUGGCCGGAGGGCUUCUUGGGUGAGGAACUGGACCAUAUGGACCUACUUCAGAGACUACUUUCCUAUCAGACUUGUUAAGACACAUAACUUGUCGCCUAGCAGAAACUACAUUUUUGGCUAUCAUCCCCAUGGAAUAUUUUGUUUUGGUGCCUUCUGUAACUUUGGAACCGAUGUUAAUGGAUUCUUAAAGGAAUUCCCUGGAAUAAGGCCUUUUGUGACCACCCUGGCUGGUAACUUCUGGAUGCCCAUAGUCAGAGACUAUUUGAUGUCUGUUGGUAUCUGUCCUGUGACGCGUACCACGAUCGACUACAUCCUGUCACAGAAUGGGACGGGUAAUGCGGUUGUUAUUGUGGUGGGCGGCGCUGCUGAGUCUCUCGGCUGCACUCCGGGGGUCAACACAGUCGUUCUGAAGAACCGCAAGGGCUUUGUGAAGGUGGCUCUGCAAAAGGGGGCGGACCUGGUGCCAGUGUACUCAUUCGGGGAGAACGAGGUGUACAGACAGCUGGUGUUUGAGGAGGGCUCGCAGUGGAGACGCCUCCAGGAGAAAGCCCAGAAGCUGCUGGGGUUUGCCCCCUGUCUGUUCCACGGCCGGGGGCUGUUCUCUGAGUCCUGGGGCUUCAUGCCCUAUUGCAAACCCAUCACGUCCGUCGUGGGACAGCCCAUCACAGUGCCCAAGAUUGAGAAUCCCAGUAAGGAGGUUGUGGAUCGCUACCACACCAUGUACAUGGACUCCCUCAGGGAGCUGUUUGACAAGUACAAGACCCAAUUCGGCCUGAAGGAGAGUGAAGUCCUGAUGAUACUGUGAGAACCUGCAUGGCCUCAAAUGAGAGACACCCAUCUGUCCCGGGCCAUUGGGCCAUAGGGAUCAAAGGCCUGAGAUAAUGCUUACUGGUUGGCCAGUGCACCUGGUCAUGUAGGGAGUCCCAGAUUAGUUGUUGAGCUGAAGCACGUGGUGGUGUGCCCUGCUGCAGCAGCCUGCUGGGAGUUAGCUGUAAACAAUGAGCUUUGCCUGAUAUCUCUGUGUCCUUUCCUCCUCUGUGCAUUGUGGGAUAGAUCUUACUAAAUAUCUACUAGCGUGAAAGGUGUGUUAAGUCACUCAGCUCACUGACUUCUGUUAUGGCCCUGCCCUUUCCAGCUCCUCAUGGGUUCUCAUUUUCUCUCAUGUUCCCCUGGUGUAAGUGCCCAGGUAAUUGCUUUGGUGAGCUUACAGUAUGCGGACCUCUCCUCCCGAGUUUGGCCGUUGCUCUCCCCGUCACUAGCACCUUUUCCUUUGUUGGUCUUUUGUUUCCGUUUUUGCUCUACACCUACCCACCUUGCAUCAUAGUUUUACUUUGAGUAUAUAUAUAUAUAUAUAUAUAUAUAUAUAUAUAUAUAUAUAAUCAUUUUUAAAAUUGAAUUCUCAAAUUCUCUGCAAUUUAUUUUGAUUGCUGACACAAAUCCUGGCAUGGUCAUUUUUAUUCAACCACUUGGUGGCACCAUAGUUCUGUUUCUGUUGGACAUAUGCCCUCUAAACAAAUUCUGAGUCCAUUUCAGGCAUGUUGGUGUGGCCAACCAUUAGAUAUUAAUUACAGCUGAUGAUUAAUUCUAACAUAUAAUGAGAGAAGACCCUUUUUGAUGGUGUGGGUUGGAGAUUCAGGAGUGGUGGGAUUCUGUGAGCUCUACUGAUUUACACCUCACUCUAUUUACUGUGUGCUCUGGGAUUCAAUUUAAAUUUAAAUUCACAUUUCUGAAAUAUUUUUUCAUCCAGAAUUUGUAAAUUCCUUUCGGUAUAGUACUAUAGAACUACAGAAAUCAAGAUGUAUUCAUGAUGAUGAUGAAGUUGUAAAGCUUGGUUAUAGGACUUUUCCCCUUCGGUCAUGAGGUGAGUCAAUUGUGAACUUACGGUUUAUGCAGUACAUCUCAGGCCACUAUUUCUAAAAUCUUAACUUCUUCUAUGUACUUUUAAGUGUGAUGUGGAUUUUCACACUGUAAGUAUUGCAGUUGCAUGGAAUUUCUUUUUUUUUCAUUUUUCAGUGAAUAAAAUACUCAAAUAAAUUGAAAAUGUAUACCAGUUGGAUUGAUAGUUAGCUCAUUAGCUGGAUAGAAUAUUUAUCACUUAUCUGGGCUUCAGAAAAAUUUUGUACUUGAGUCAUCAAAUUGCACAAUUUUAGAUAACAAUUUUAGAUAAGAAAAUGUACCUACAAUAUUAUGUCUUGCACUUUUAAGCUGUUAGUAGAUAGGCAUCAAAUGAUAGAACAGACAGAACAAAGACCUGAUAGAAUUCUUCCCACAGUGUGGUAAUCCCAUAAAACCGGACUUCUCAAAGCGAGUAUUUCCCACUGAGAGUGCUUCUGGCACUAGAACACGGAACAGAAAAAGCGUAUGAGUGUACAAGAAAAGCAGUAGCACUGUAGAAAAGGAAACAUUAUUUUGUUGCUUGUUGUUUUUCUCUCCUGUACCCCUGCUGUAAAAUGACAUAUAAAAUUUCUUAGAUUCCCACGAUAUUGUAUUUCCUUUAAUAUCCAAUGGGAGUUCAUUGGAGACAGCUCUUAACAUAAUAUGAAUGAAGGAUUUCACCUCCUCAAAUUUCCUGCUUGACUAGGUAUAAUCUGAAUAAAAUUGUUCCAAUAAUGAAA